AUGGGCAAUACCAGCUGCACCAGCGUGGACAAGAAUGGCCCGCAAAUGGUGCACACUAUGCUCUUUCCAAUGUACGUCCUCAAGGUACAGGACUUCCUGCACAUGGACGGCGUGCCCGAACCGCAUGACCGCAUGCUGCGGGACAAUUUGCUCCACAAGUGGCAGCCGGGAAUGUUCGUCACGUUCAUCUCCCACCAGUGGCUGGGGUCCUCGCAUCCAGAUCCUCAGGGUCAACAAUGUGCAGUACUUCGCGCUGCCCUACAAGGCAUGAUCGAUGGAACUCUUAAGGUCGAGGCUGAUCCAGUCACGAUCAUGAACCGGAAGAUUGCACCGUUUUCGGCCGGUGCCCGCGAGCAGGUCGCAAACGGCUACAUCUUCUUCGACUGGUUUGCCAUACCGCAGAUCACUGCACGACUUCCCGGGGUGAAUGAAGAUGCGACACGUUCGGAUGCUGCACUGGCUGUACAAAGCAUCCCAGCUUACGUAGAGGUGGCCAACCUGUUCAUUGCGUUGGUGCCAGAGCUCACCCACUCCAUGACCGGAGCUCAUUGCAACUAUGUCUCCUGGUUGUCGAGAGGAUGGUGCAGAGCGGAACUAUGGUGCCAUGUACUUUCUGACAAGCUCAACUCGAGCCUCGUGGUGGUCUAUUCUGCCAAAGAAGCGGAGUACAUGUAUCCAUUAGACUGGCAGCUAAAUGCCAUUGCAGAUGGAGAGUUUACAGUGGAGUCCGACCGGGCGGCUGUAAUCAAACUUGGUGAUGUUGCUGUCCGGAGCAAGAUCAGGCAUCUGUCCUCAGAGGGACCUUUGUCCUCGUAUCGCUUUUACUUGGCAAAUCGGGCGCUGCUGCUGGGGCAAAGGAAAGAGCCCUGGGCCGUGGAUGCUUUCCUGGAGCAGUUCCGGUUUACCAGCUUGGAAGCAGCCGCCAAAGACAGGAGCAGUAUGAACGGCCUCAUGUGUGCAGUUUUUGCUGGUGACGUGAGACUACUUCGCAGGCUUGUCCGAAUGGAGGCCGAUGUCAACUUUCACUUGCAUGGUCUAGAGGAUUUCGGGUAUUUUGACACCCAGACUGUGCUGAUGGCAGCGGCCAAAUCCCAUCAAGCGGCCGAUCUGCUUGCCACGCUUAUCGAGCUGCGUGGCGACGUGAAUGCACACGCAGCCAACGGCACGAACCCUGCAUUCAUGUUGCGAACCCCCGAGCAAGUUCGCACACUUGCGGCAGCCAGGGCCGAUCUGCAGACAGGACGGUAUCCUCUGGGGCUUGCUCCACUAACUGGUGUCGCUGCUUUUGCAACUGCUGAAACUGUGGCUGCCAUGCUCGCAGCCCGAUGUGACCCGAACCCUGAAUUGCGAGGCAUGGGCUACGGGCCACUUCAUGGUACUGCAUUCUUUUCCCGGAGCAACCGGCAUGCGAAAGAAAUCGCCACUCUCUUGAUAUCCCAUCGAGCCGACAUAAACAGUAGAUGCCGGCCACAGGACAGAUAUUGCUUGCUGUGCACUGCUGCACGGGCAGAAUGUGCACUUACUGGCUUUCAAGCCACCUCAUUGAUGAAGCGGGUCUUCGCCAGCAUGCCAGGCAUUACGCCUCUAGGUAUGGCAGCCAUGGUGGGUGCCGAGAGCGUGGCGAGUUUGUUGCUCGAGUAUGGCGCAGAGCGGCUGACAAAUGAUCGAGGUGAUACACCAGAAGACCUGGCUGCUAUCAACCAACAUGUCCACACGUUGCAGAGCCUGGCAACGUUUACUGUCUAG